AGAAAAGAUCAAAUCUUUAAUUGGGAUUUUCAUCAGUCGUAGAAAUGUCGGGCGGCCUGUCUGUCGAGACAUUAAUUAUUAAUCGUUUCUGGAAGCCAUAUUUUGUCAACGUAGUUUCAACCAUUGUAUGAUGAAGGUUGAAUAGAACCUUGAAUUUGCUGGUUGUGAAGAACAAGUGUAGUAAAGAUAUAUUUCAGUAUUGGUUUUCUCAACAAGCCUUGAAAUGAUCUUAUGAUCCAGAAGGGAAGGGGCUUCGAACUCUCCCGAUACUGCCGACAACAUCUUCCGAGAAAUAUCAGAAGAAACAGGCGCAGAAAUUGAUUGGGAAGAAUGCCGAAAAUACAAUACUACAAAAAAAGAUUCUAGCAUAAAAAUAUGUGGAACACCAGAAGCUGUGAAAAAGGCUAAAGAAAUGUUGCUAAAUAAUAUGGAGAUGCAGAGUAAUAGAGUGACGAUGAAAAUGGAUGUUACACAUUUAGAGCACCCAUCACUCAUAGGGAAGUGUGGGAAUUUGAUCAAAAAAGUGAUGGAGAACACAGGCUGUCAUAUACAUUUUCCUGAUGUAAAUAAAUCACUUGCUAAGGAAAAAAGUAAUCAGGUAUCCAUAUCUGGAGAACCAACUAAUGUGGAAAGAGCAAGAACUAUACUACGAGCCUUGAUUCCAGUACAAAUCUUUUUUGAUAAUCCUGUUUCAGACGGUCUUAAUCACGUUUUGAACCCUUUUUUGGCAUUAGAAAGCAAAUUUAUAGAGACAGAACUAGGCUUGAGUAUGUACUUAUUUUCUGUAAAGAAUGGUGUGGUAACUAUCGCAAUACGAUGUGACCAAGAUCAGUUUCGAAGUCAGAAGCAGAAUAUUUUGAUGCUAAUGGAAUACAUUUGUGGUAAAAGAGGUAGUGAACUACCGCAUGUUUAUAUGGUAACUGAUAUUAUGCCAUAUCACCAUGCAUUUGUGAAAGGUGCAAAUUCAAGUAACAUUCAAGAUAUAAUGAAAAGAACUGGAGCAAAAAUUGUGUUUCCACCAUUGAAUGCUUCUGGAUUGGAAAAAAGUUCAGUGAAAAUACAUGGAAGUUUAGACUGUGUGUAUAUGGCAUGGCAAGAAAUUAUGAAUUUUUUGCCAUUGUGUGUAGCUUUUGAUAUUGUUGAGACGAGAGAUGCAAAUGGAGAAUAUGUUGAAUUCCUUAAUGAUUGCAAUAUAACUGUGCAAUCUCGUCUCAAGCCAAAGUUUCAUAUUAAGAGUGUUACUAUAAAAGGACCCGAAAAAUUUUCACGCCAGAUGCUUCAAUAUAGACAACAUUUGCUUCAUUUAUCUGCAUUGAACUUCACACCUGACAUACAGGAUAUCAACUUAGCAUCAAAAUUUCUUUCAUCUAUCAAAGAGCAUUAUCCACAGCUAACUGAAAAUCAGAAUACAGUUUCUCUUGGUGCAUUGGUUUCGAAUAAUUUCUGCAAUCAAAUACUUGAGCAAAUAAAUACUACUGUGAUUCAGGAGCAUUCUUUAAAUAUUCCUCAUACAUCAUUUAUGGGUCCAUCCUUUGGUAUAGUAAUGGAUGGUGAAAACUCUCAAUGUGACAAAAACCUCAUAGCAAAAGUAACUGAAAUUGAAGGAUACUUAAAUCGAACUUUAUGUGAUUCUGUCAAAAAGACUGAAACGGAUUUUAAAUCCAGUUCUUUUGGAUAUAGAAUCCCACUUGAUAAUGAAUACAGGCAGGCAACAUCUGCAGUUAAUGCUGAAGUCGUCAGUGGUCAGGUUGUAAAAUGCACAAACUGGAGUCAGAGUGCUGCAAACCAAAAAGCAAGUAGCAGCUAUGAUAAUAUGGUAUUAGAACAGUCAUCAACAUUUCAAUCAAAUACAAAUUAUGAAAGCAUGAAGAGGUUUAGAGAAAAUUCUCAUGUUAAUGUAUGUUCCAGUUUUUGUUCUUGUGAGAAAUGUGAUGGGACUCUCUUUUCUGGAAUUGACUAUUACCACAAAAAAAUUUUGGCUACCAAAGCUAUGCGUAGACCUAUAGAAUCGAAGGAAUCUACUCAAGUUCCGUCAAGCCUAUGGGCAGGAUAUGGUUUUUCACAAUCAAUGCCAGCUGCUGUUAUAAAAGAUGGUUUUGGUGCUUCGAGUCCAUAUAGUUAUUUAACUUUAGGUGGCAGUGGCAAUAAUAGCAGUAAUAGCUCUUCAGAAGAUAUUGAUGACUGGGAUAAAGUUGUUUUCAAAAACUAUUUUGAUGAAAGCAUAUGGUCUAACAAAAAGGAGAAUGUGUUUAGUCAUAGCAACUAUUUUGAUUUUAUGCCGGAUGUAUCUGUUCCAUUGAAUGAUACUUCAAAAAAUAUCUUGCCUGAGUUAUUGUGGCAACAUGGGCUGCAUAAUUACCUUGACAUUUUCACUAAAGAAGAGAUUGACUACAAGACAUUCCUAUUGCUUAAUGAUGAAGAUCUGUUAAGAUUGGGUAUUGGAUUUCAAGCCAGGAUGAAACUGAUUUGUUUAAUCAGAGAAUUGCAGGAUACAGAGAUGUUGAAGAUGAAACCAAGAGAUUUUAAUGCUGCUCCUGGUGCUGGUAGAAAAUAAAAACUGGAAGAGAGAACUUGCUAUUUUUUGUUUUGGUCAUAUAUUAUACUUUAAUGAAAAAAUGCAGAAAGAUUUUUUUUAAAGUAAUGGAGGACAUUUUUUAAUGGUGAUAUGAUCUUUGGUUGUUAUCAUUUAAGUAUAAUACUUAGUUGAUUUUUGUGCUGAUGUUAGAUUGUGUAUUGGAAGUUCUCAAGAUUGUGUAUUGGAAGUUCUCACUUUGUGAGCAUAUUAAUUAUUAACAACAAUAUCAUCAAUAUUCUCUUUUUGUGUGCAUCAAAAAGAAAAUGUAAAUUAAAUAUUGAUUUUUAUUGCUUUAUUUACAAAAUCUUGUUUAUUGGGCCAGUGCAUUAGAAUUUACAAGCUUGUUGACUCCUAUGUGUUUUACUUUAUUUUCUAUAGACUUCUAAAAUGUCUUGUCAUUUUUAUAUGUGUGUACAUGCAGUUAGGAACUAACUUCCAUGUCUGUCAUGUUUGAUAUCUCCGUUAUCACUAGUAUUUGUGAUUUAUGUGUCCAGUAACAUAAAUAAGACUUCAAGAAACUGAAAGUAUUACAAUGCAUGCUUUAUUUUAUGAAAAUUGUUAAAUCUCUGUAUUGAAAAAGUGAGAGUAGUUUUAAUGUGUGGUUUUGUUAGUCAUCGGUAUUGAUUACCAUUUAAACUGAAAUGUUCAUCAAAUCUAAGAAACAUUUUAUAUGAAUAUAACUGUCUCUUUGCAUGCCUGACAACUUCAUUAAAAUGAAAUUCAGAAGGCAGAGCACAGAGGGAAUUUCAAAAGAGAAAACUGAGACUUACCUGAUGUUUUGAAGCAAUUGAAAGAUUUCCAAAGUUCUGCUUCGUUAAAUCAACUUGUUCAAAUUUCAUAAUAGAAAUAUCCAAAAUUAGGAAACAAGAAAGCCUAUGGCAUUUUAAAACUUAAAAAAGGAAAAAUAUGAAUUUUCAUUUCCCUAACAUAAGUGUUUUUACUGUAUUAUAAUUUCUUAAGAUUAUCAUAAGCGUUGUUAUAUUUGAUAACAAAAAUCACUACGGAUGAAGUGCAUAGAAUUAAAAUUUUUACAGUCAAACUAGUUUCAAAAUCGCAGAUAUUGAAAAACCAUUAAAUCACAUGACAUUCAAAAAGGAAAUAAUUUGCUUUCUUCACCGUUAAAAGGACAAAAUGGAAAAAUAAACUAAAUAUUUGCUGAGAUUACUAGCUUGAUAUAUAAAAAUCUGACGAAAAAUUAGCAAUUUGGCACAACUUCUGGUGUGUGUACAAAAAAAUCAGAAAUUGUUUAAAAAAAGUGUUUCAUUUUGCAUGUAAAAUUAAAAACUACAAUAAUUUCAGAAAAAUUGUUGAGAUCUUAACAGUUCACAAAUGUAGCAUUCUUUUGCUUAUUUUGUUUAUAUUUUUAGAUUAAAAUUUUUUUCCCCUUCUGAAUUUAAAAGCAAAAUAUUAAGUGUAAUGCAUGCACCUGAUAAUCCUUUGUAUUUGGGUCGUAUCAUUAAACUGAUUUUUUUUUGGGGGGGGGUAGUUUUGGACAGUCCUUUGUUAUUAGGAUUUUUAAUUUGUAUCUGAUAAUCUUGUCAUUUUAGUAUGCCUUAAAAAAGUCUUUUGAAGAUAAUAGUUACAAUUCUUUGUUAUUUAAGUAUGGCUUCUAAAAACAAAAUGUCUUGGUCUAAGAUAACAGUUACUAUAAGAAUAAAUUAUUAGGCUAAAAUUUUAGUUAUAUAUUCUAUAAGCAUAAAUUUUUGGACUAAAAUUUAUUUUAUUAAUAAUUUUAAUUUCAGGUACUUUUACAUGGUAUUUUACUGUGUGAAUGCUUUACUAUUUUUACAGAAUUAAAUGAAUUUAAGGCAUUUACUGUUAAGCUGUCUGGAAUUUGUUCCAGAGUAAAUAAAAUUAAGUAUAAAAAUGCCAAAAAUGUUAUAUUUUUGUAAAAUAAUAAAAUAUUUCUGUGUAAUAUGUAUACUUUCCUAAAGAGUAAUUUGAAGUAGAUUUUAUGCCUAAAUUAUGUAUUAUGCAUUUAUCAAUGUGCAUCUAGAAACCAAAGAUAUUUUCUUGUUUAUGAUAUAAGAGUAUAGUCUUCAAGUGCAAUUUGAACCUUUGUUUCCUAAAAUAUCUAAUCACUUUUUGUUUAAUUUUUUUUGUAUUAAUUUUGAAUCUCUGUUAUCAUGUUACUUAAAAGUGUAAUUCAUAUCACUUUGUUUUUAUGUAUAUAGUUAAUUGUGCCAUAUGUUUUGACAUUAUUCCAUAUCAUGUUAUUGAUAUUAUUUUUUAUAUCUGUGUUGAGUAUGUUAAUAAAUGUUUUUAUUCUUCA